UAAAUUGUACUGUGUACUUGGUACUAUUUGGUGUGCUGGAUCUAUGUAAUGCAGUGGCUGGUGAAUAACGAGAUUUAUACUGUUGCGUUUGUUUGUCCCACAACACCCUAUCGGUAUACCAUAUCCACGAUCUUUCAUGCCUGUUAGAUCUCCUUACACGUGGAUAAAAUAUCUAGAUAGGUAGUUGUACUGUUGUACCCAGCCGCAUUGCACUACUCACAAGCAAGGAUAAGAUUACGUUAGUUAUAUGGAAUAGCGUAGUUAUCGCUGAUUGCAGAUAUAAACACUGACACUCACCAACAUGUGUAAGUCUGUGGACACACAUCCCUACAAGCACACCGUCAGGGAGCUUCCCGUUGGUGAGAAGACUUACAAGUAUUUCUCCCUGCCUGAUCUCCAGGACGAACGUUACGAUGCAUUGCCCUACUGUAUGCGUGUGCUUCUCGAGUCCACUGUGCGUAACUCGGCAUCAGAUGACCACCGAUCAUUCCUAGAGAGCAGCGAUCCCGAUACGCUCGGGUCAGUGCACGGUAACGACCACGUGGAGAUGAUCCUGGACUGGCAACAGCACGCUAAGACAAAGAAUUGGAGCAUGAUGUUCAUGCCUGCUCGAUGCUUGUUCCUGGAUGAUUCUGGGCUGCCGUCUCUGCUUGACUUGGCGGCGUUGCGCGAGGCUGUGCGUAUGCUCGGUGGCAAUCCGGCCAAGGUACAGCCGCUGUGUCCUACGGAUAUCAUUGUGAAUAGUCCUUGUGCCCCCGCACCACCUGCAACUGGGAGAAAGCCUAGUAUGAUUGAGACUCUGGCCAGGAGCAACACUGCUGAGGCCAAACGCACACAGGAGUGUCUCUCAUUCGUCAAGUGGAGUGGGGAUGUGUUCGAUAAGUUGUUGAUAGUGCCUCCCUCUGCUGGGUCGUGCCACCAAAUAAAUCUCGAGCACACCUCGCGCGUGGUGUUUCAGAAUGGUGAUGAUUUCAUCUAUCCCGAUUCUGUCAUAGGAGCGGAUAGGCGGGCGUCCAUGGUCAAUGGUCUGGGUAUACUUGCAUGGGGUGUGAGUGGGAUCGAUGCGCAGGGCGUGUUGCUAGGCAACGGAAUUGCUACACAGUUGCCUGAAGUUGUUGGCGUAGAAUUGGUAGGAGAGGUGCCGAACUAUAACACCAGCACUGAUGUGGUCCUGACGGUUACCAAGCAACUGAGAGAUGCUGAUUUGGAGGGUACUUUUGUGGAGUUCUUUGGUGAGGGUGUUCGACAUUUGUCCAUCGCCGAGCGAUUGACUAUAUCCAGUAUGUGCCGAGAAUACGGUGCCAAGGUGGGCUUCUUCCCUUUGGACGACAUGGGCAUCAAGUAUCUUCGCACCACAGGAAGAGAUCAGGAGACGGUGCAGAUGUUUGAGAAGUACCUGCAUGCGAACAAGCUGUUCCGUGGCACCUGCUCCACCAGCAGAGCCCCUCAGAGCGAUACAAACACAGCCAGCGCAACCGAAGGCAACACACAAGCACACGCGGACGAAGCGAACGAUAGCGAGGCACAGGCGAACACAGCCAGCGCGGGUGAGGAUGAGGGGGUGGCUGGGGUGGGAGAGUGUGGUAACUGCGAUAUGUGCCAGUCUCGUAUCAAGUACUCACGAGUGGUGCAGUUGGAUUUGUCCAAACUGUCGCCCACUCUGAGCGGUCCCAAGCGCAGCACUGACCGUGUGCCCUUGACGGAUAUGCAACAGGACUUCAAGGCGCAUCUGAUUGGUCCCAAGGGCCUCAAGGGCUAUGGCAUACCCACCAAAGACAUUCAGAAAUCAGUCAGCUUCUCCUACCAGGACAAACCCGUCACUCUCAAACACGGUACCGUUAUGAUCGCCUCAAUAACGGGAUGCACCAAUACAUCGAAUCCCCUGGUGAUGCUGGGUGCUGGUGUGCUAGCCAAGAAGGCUGUGCGUCUGGGGCUCAGUGUGCCAUGGUACACGCGCAGAAGCUUCUCGCCUGGAUCCGAUACAGCUCUAUACUACCUCAAGAGUAGUGGAUCUCUACAGGCAUUGGACGCUCUGGGCUUCCCAGUCGUCGGCACAGACUGUCUGUCGUGCGCCGGUAACAAAGACCCACUCCCCGCCGAGUUGGUGAAGCAGAUCGAGUCCAACCAAUUGGUCACUGCGCGUAUCACCAGUGGCAACCGUAACUGGUGCACGCCCGAGGGAGAAGUGUGGGCGGAGGGGUCGCCCCGUGCGAACUACCUGGCCUCUCCCCUGUUGGUGAUCGCCUAUGCUAUUGCUGGGACUGUGGAUAUUGAUUUCCAGAAGGACCCAAUCAGAACGCUAGAAGACGGCACACAGAUCUUCCUGAGUGACAUCUGGCCGUCGCGGGGAGAGCUGCAGGAAAUUGAGCGCGUACAUGUGCUGCCAGGGCUGUCCGAGAGUGUGCGGGAUACGGUUGAGAAGGGCAGCAACAACUGGAAUAAGAUUGAGACACCUCCCUCACGCCUCAUGUAUGCGUGGGACAAUGCGGCGACGUUUGUGAGCCGAUCGCCGUUCCUGGAGCGGGUCACGUGUGACAUGCCCCCACCCGUAGUGAUAAAUGCCCGGUGCUUGGUGUAUCUAGGCGAUGGUGUGUCCACAGACAUCAUCUCACCCGCUGGGUCCAUCUCUAAGUCCUCGUUGGCAGCCAGGUACCUGUCUUUGCAGGGAUUACACCCACGCGAGUAUGCGUCGUUUGGGCUACGGAGAGGCAAUGCAGAGGUUAUGGUCAGGGGUGCGUACGCGAACGCGAAGCUCAGGAACCACCUGACAGCCAGGCCUGGGCCGUACACACACCACGUGCCGAGUGGCACGAUGGGGAAUAUAUAUGAUGUAGCACAGUGGUAUGCGCACGAAGGCCAUCCGUGCGUGGUCAUCGCUGGCAAAGACUACGGCUGUGGUAGUCCACGUGACUGGGCGGCUAAGGGUCCCGCGCUACUUGGCGUACAGGCGAUCCUUGCAGAGUCGUUUGAUGACUCACACCGGCGCAAUCUGAUUUGCGUGGGCGUGCUGCCACUGAGGUUUACAGAUGGUACUACGGCUGUUUCAUUGGGUCUCACGGGUACAGAGAUCUUCACCAUUGCACGGCCACCAGUGCUGACCCCCGGAUGCCCCAUAUCUGUCACGGUGGCCAUUGGACUGUACUCGUGGUCCUUCUUCAUGCAGCUGGAUUGCCACAGUGAACAUGAGUGCAUGACUAUGGCGCACGGUGGCACCCUCAAGUACGUGCUGAGGAGGCUAGUGCAGUGUUGUGCGUCUCGCUCGUCCACCUGUUAAGUCUAGGACCACCUGAACCGCAUAGAAGGGGCCUACAUGCUUGCACAGGGGAUUGUGUGCAUUGGGGAGGGGGUGCACUCGUACGUACAUACAUUCGAGUAUGCGUGAGUAUCUCGUGGGUGUUGUGUGUAUCUCAAAUUACCCCUGCCAGUGGAGCAUUUGUUUAGACGCGCCGGGAGCGGCGUCGGUAUCGUUGGGGUUGGCUCGCGAGCUUCACACACCCGCAUACUGUGUAUUACUAUUGGGUGUGUGAGGUUUCGGGCUACAUUCUCAUAUGGGCCUUGGAUGCCGACGGUUCGCUUUGGAAAGCAUUCUAAUUUGCAGGGACACUUAACGUAUGGGUGCACCAUUCAUUCAGUUUUGGGUCCAAAUGCAUCUCGAGGGUGUGUUUGUCGGAUUUGAUAGCACACUCUUUUACAUAGAGACUAGACACAUACACGCACGUCUGUAAUGUGAUGUAUAAGUGGACGAGUCUGUGCUCACAUGCACCCGUCGGCGAUGUUGUGUGUGAUCUCAACAGUACAUACAUGCAGGUAUGUACCUCAUGCACAUGUAUACUCACGAGGUGUGGUCGUGCACGGACAAUCCCCUGCGAUACGAAGGCAGACACUCAGCCUCUAACAUUCGCGUAUACACGGGAUAUGUGUAUUGUACAUACUUGAGUCGGUGAUUCGUCACAACAAACCUUUACACUAUAAUAUAACUCGUUUGAAUACGGGAGGCCUCCGUGGUGUACGACCGCGUAUACCAGAUACAGGCGGUACAUUUGUGUGCGUAUUGGUUAGCUUCUACGUACACAGGGUACGCUGAUAUACCGCGGAGGUGUGUCUACGAAUGGGUUAGUUACUCAUACCUGACCAGGACGUCCAUCUUACCAGCGUGCGUGGCUUGACGUGUCGCGUGUGUUGGUGCUAUGUGCGUUCUAUAUCCUACUGCACUGACUAACCGCCAGUGGAUGGCAGCCGUGACUCAAAUGGGCGGCUCCAUCCCCUGACGGGUGUGAGGGGAGUGUAUCCGAUGAGAGUCUUCUGUAAAUAUGAAGACGCUUGGAUAUCACUUCACUUCACAUCCCAAUCCGUUACUUUGGCUGAUACUUCCUUCGCCACCAGUAGUAUGGUGUUGAUCAAGAGGACAUACACGCGUACUCGUACUGAGCAUAUGUACAUUUGUGUUAGAUGUGCAUAUCCAGAAAAUACACGCGUAGAGACAGUAUCACAGCCACACCCGUAACACUAGUUGAAUAUGGGAUAUACCCAUAUACCCAAGCGCCGUCCUCAAUGGUAGAACCGCUAGAACAUCGAGCACAACGUGACCAGCGUGUCACGUGUGACCUCCGAACUGAUGACCGUUGUAGUUCCGUGGCAAGGACUGCGAAUGCGACGGUCAGACAGUAUAAUUGAAUAAACCGCUGAAAGCACACGCGCGAGUUCGAGGUUCCC